GGGGAGCCGAGCCGAGCCGGGCCGGCGGCGGGCGGACGGGGCGGGCGCAGGCAGUGCGGGCCGAGCGCCAAGAACAAGGGACCGUGGGCAGGGCCGGCCGGCCGGCGGGCAGAGCACCGCCGCCGACGCACACGAGGUGACCAGGCAUUGAUGCACCCCCAGGAAGUCCACGCACUCAAGGAGGUUGUCCCCUCUGGCUGCUGCUCACAUGGUUUCUGGGCCCCUGGCACUCCGGUGGUACGCGUGGGCAGGGCGUGGGGACAUGGGGCCCGACAUGGAGCUGCCCAGCCACUCGAAACAGCUCCUGCUGCAGCUGAACCAGCAGAGGACCAAGGGCUUCCUAUGUGAUGUUAUCAUCAUGGUGGAGAACUCCAUUUUCCGGGCCCACAAGAAUGUCUUGGCUGCCAGCAGCAUCUACUUUAAGUCGCUAGUCUUGCACGACAACCUCAUCAACCUGGACACAGACAUGGUCAGCUCCACAGUGUUCCAGCAGAUCUUGGACUUCAUCUACACGGGCAAGCUGCUGCCUAGCGACCAGCCUACUGAGCCCAACUUCAGCACUCUCCUCACUGCCGCCAGCUACCUCCAGCUGCCUGAGUUGGCAGCCCUCUGCCGUCGCAAACUCAAGCGGGCUGGUAAGCCCUUUGGUUCUGGACGGGUAGGAGCCACCAGCAUGGGGCGCCCGCCCCGCAGCCAGCGACUGUCCACAACCUCUGUCAUCCAGGCUCGGUAUCCAGGGCUCGUGGAUGGACGUAAGGGAGCCCAUGCACCCCAAGAGCUUCCCCCAGCCAAAGGCUCAGAUGAUGAGCUCUUCCUUGGUGGUUCCACUCAGGAGAGCACCCACAGCCUGGGCCGGGGACUCUGUCCAGCAAGUGGGGAUGUGGGCCUAGGGGGCUGUGGCAGCAGUACCAAUGGGAGCAGUGGGGGCUGUGAGCAGGAACUGGGCCUGGACCUAUCCAAGAAGAGCCCACCUCUGCCAACCACCACCUCUGGCCCCCACCUCACCCCCGAUGACCCAGCCCAGAUGAGUGAUAGCCAGCAUGGCUCACCUCCCUCGUCCUCUGCCCUGCCUGUUGCCAACAGUGCCUCUUAUACUGAGCUGGGUGGCACCCCUGAUGAGUCUAUGGAUUUGGAUGGAGCCGAAGACAACCACUUGGGCCUGCUGGAAGGACCAGGUGGACAGCCUCGGAAGACCCUCCGGCACUCAGGCCGAAAGAAGGAAUGGAGCAAGAAGGAGCCCACCGCUGGCUCCCCAUUUGAGCGAAGAGAAGCUGGGCCCAAGGGCCCCUGCUCUGGAGAGGAGGGUGAGGGCCUUGGGGACAGGGUUCCCAAUGGCAUCUUGGCUGGCAGUGUUGGUGGGGGUGGCCCUAGUGUGCCCUAUGGUGAGCCACCUUAUCCCUGCAAAGAAGAGGAGGAAAACGGCAAGGACGGGAGUGAGGACAGUGGGCAAAGUGGGAGUGAGGGUGGCAGUGGCCAUGCUGGUGCCCACUACAUGUAUCGGCAGGAGGGCUAUGAGACAGUGUCUUAUGGUGACAACUUGUAUGUGUGCAUCCCCUGCGCCAAAGGUUUUCCCAGCUCUGAGCAGCUCAAUGCCCACGUGGAGACGCACACAGAAGAGGAGCUGUUCAUUAAGGAGGAGGGAGCCUAUGAAACAGGAAGUGGGGGUGCUGAGGAAGAGGCUGAGGACUUGUCAGCGCCCAGCACAACAUAUGCAGCAGAGGCCCGGCCCUUCAAGUGCUCGGUCUGUGAGAAGACCUACAAGGACCCAGCCACUCUGCGCCAGCACGAGAAGACACACUGGCUGACGCGGCCCUUUCCCUGCAACAUCUGUGGCAAGAUGUUCACACAGCGUGGCACUAUGACGCGCCACAUGCGGAGCCACCUGGGCCUGAAGCCCUUUGCCUGUGAUGAAUGUGGCAUGCGCUUCACCCGCCAGUACCGCCUCACUGAGCACAUGCGUGUACACUCAGGCGAGAAGCCUUAUGAGUGCCAGCUCUGCGGGGGCAAGUUCACCCAGCAGCGCAAUCUGAUCAGCCACCUGCGCAUGCACACCUCCCCCUCCUAGAAGCCAAAGACCCGUGGGCACCCUCUCAGACUUACCACCUGGGAACCCACUGAAAGAGAAGCAAGGUGGCAUGGCAGAAGGGACCAGAGCCCAAGGUCCAGCUCUAGGCUCUUGGUGGCCCCUCUAGCCCAGCCUCCCCACACUCAGAGCUUUAAUCAACAGUCUGUACCAAGAGAAGCCAAGAGGAGAGAAGCUGGAGGACCCACCCCUAUGCAUGUGGUGCUGGUGACCAUUCUACCUCCCUGUCUCCCAGGGUCCCAGCUCCUUGCAGGGGCUGCCACGGAGCUCGUGGGAGUGGGUCACAUGGGUCUCAUUGAGACCUGGUCCCUUUCCUGCAGGCUGGGUUGGAGAAGGGGAAGUGUGUGUGGGGUGCCCCCUCCAUGCUGGUGAGGGACAGGGCUGCCUGUGGCCAGGGGUGGUAUCUGGAGCAGAGCUCUACCCGGCAGGGACCGUGUCUGUGUGUGUGCACGUGUGCUUGUGUCUGUGCGUGGGUGUGUGCAACCCUAGCUCUGAGAGGAGCAGGUGUUAAGGGGACAGCUCCUUCCCUCCUUGAGCCAGGGUGGCAUUGCUCACUGGCGCUGGGACAGUCAGGGUGACCCCACCGCCUACCUCUACAACUAAAGAGCCCUCUGGGCCUGUGUUGCUGUUAUUCCUACUGAUCUGUUCCUUUUUGUUGUUCUGUUGUUUUGUUUUGUUUUGUUUUCCUUUUUGAACUUUAAAUUGUUUUUUAAACCAAAACAAACAAUAGUUUAUUUUCUUCUUGCCUCUUUGGGGCUGAGCCUGGGUCUGCAGACUGAAUGUAACCGGGGCAGCUGCCUCUCCCUAUUAUCCCCCCAGCUCUGGCAGGUGCUAUGGGAUGCAGCAGUAAGCCCACCUCUUCAGGCCCACAAGCCCUUCUUGCCCAAAGGCUUCCGUGGUUCCCAGCCUUGCCUGGGCCACCUCAGGAGUGUGCUUUUCCUGUAGUUUCUGAGGAAUAUUCUUUGUCUAGAGGUACUUGUUUUUUUUUUUUUUUUUUUUAAAUUGAGAAAGCCCCAUGUAACAUUUGUAGGACUGUUGGAACUGGAAGGUCUGGGGAGAUGGGGGAGGCUGGACUUAAUGCCAGGAUCGUCGGUACUCACAUUUUUCAUUUCUGUGUGUGUGGGUAAGUGUGUUGUGUGUGCUGUGCGUAUGGACAGAUGUUUCGCUUUCCUUCCUCACUGAAUAAGGUGGAGAGACUUCUGACCUUUUGCUACCUCUUGAAUUCAUGGAAACAGUAUGUUGGUGAUGGGCAGUUGAGACCUAGAUGCUUUUGUUUUCCUCUGGGGGGAGUGAGCCGGGCUCGGGCUGGCCCGAGCACCCUCCUGGGUUGAACGCUGUCCUCAGGGCACCCACUGCUCACUGAACCUGGGUGAGAGUUGAAAGUCCCUGGUCUGGGGCAGGUACAGAGUGUCUGAGCAAGAAGAGCUGGGAGGAGGGAACAGGUCUCAGCUUCCUGCCAGGGCCAGGAUGAGGUGGAAGUGAGCCCCCUCCCAUCCUGUCUCCUCACCUUGAGCCAAGAGCUGCAGCCUUGAUCUGGCUGGUGAGGUGUCAGAAGGAACUGACCAAAGCAUGAGGAAUAUAAGGAUUGGCACCUCUGGGCAGUCCUGGCCUCCAGCCACUCUGGUAAGAGGCUGGUCACCACUUAUGGGCUCAGUUUUAUCUGGGGUCCCACUGUUGCCCCUUAACCAUGGCCUUCUCAGUCAGCUUCAGUACUCCAUGGGCUCCAGGCCAGACCAAUAUUGCCAUGCUCAGUCCCAGUGUCCUUGACCAACUAGAGCCACAGCACUGAGCCAGCAGGCUUUAUCCUCUUCAUUCUGUUUCAUGCUUUUCUUUUAUCCUUUUGCUUUUAAGUUCAGACCAAAAAAUUCCAGAGUCAUCCCCUACCCUCAGCCCUCCAAAGACCGUCCAGCUGAAAACAGCCUGAGUUCAGGGAACUGGUGAAUGGUGUGUUCUUGGGAGUGAGGGUGCCCUGGCGACAUGAGGGCUCCUGGCUGAGGCUUCCAUGUGGUACCCUCAGCUGGCCCCUCUCCCUUUGGGUGGGGGACGAAGAACUGAACCCUGGGUCUCUGUUCCAACCAGUCGGGCUGAGCACCUAGCAGAGGAGACUCCUGGGCUCCUUCCCACCCAGUGAGGGGGCAGGGCUGUACCAGGCCUCCUGCUCUCUGACCCCACCCCACCCCACCCAUCAGCACUUAAGCCACACGACACAAAGUCUGUACCGCACGGGAAUUGUGUACAUGCCUGGCCUCACGCAUGGCCUCCUGGGCCGUGGGCAGCCACAUCUGUGAGGUGAUUCCUCUGCAGAACUUCAGGGACUGGGAGCAAAGCCCCCUCACUCAACGACGUCUGUGUGACAUAGUAUUGUACCCACCUUAGUAUUGUAUCAAGCCUUUUCUGUAUUUUAAUGAGAAAGCAAAACACUAGUUUCCUAUUUAAGAUUUUAAGGGUUUACGGGGUGGGGCGGGGUUGACACAACAUUUGGUUCUGUUUUCUUUUUCCUUCAACUCCAUGUUUGGUGUGUGCUUGAGAGUAUGUGUGUACAGAUGUUAAAAGCCUCACAAGGAAGUUAGGCCGUAGGAGGCCAAGGCGGCUUACAGUUCUCUGCUUUAGUCACUUAAUUCCUGAAUGUUUCGGAGAAACAGGAAACAGAAUAGCAGAUCUCAUAUAGGAAAGAAGAUAAAAACAAAAGAAAAAAAAAAAAAAGGGGGAAAAAAAGAAAGCUCAUACCCAAAUUCACAAAACCCUAUUUUUUAAACCAAAGCACAUUUUGAAUGAGUAUGGAACCUCAAUGGGCUCAGAAAAAAAGAUACUAAUAUAUUUUUCUCAUUGUUUACAUAAACUUCUACAGUUUCAGACCUCAGCAGCUGUAAGGUCAGUCCCAGGUAAUCGUCACCUCCUGGGGUGUCCUUCUGAGUUGGCCCAUUAGUGUCAUGGGCAGAGAGGUAGUCCUGGCAGGAACAGGCUGCAAGCCUCCCUGGACUCACCAGAGCCCUCCUCCCCAUUCCUGGGACCUCUCCAAAGCCCAGCUGGCACCAAAGAGCUUGGACUGGUGCUGAUCAGCCUUGUGGCCUCCUAGCUGGACCUCUGUGGUCCUGACUAGUUGGCAUAGAAUGGCUGUCAGCUCUGGCCACAGGACCUGAGUCUGGACUUGGGCCUCAGGGUGGAAGUGAGCUCCCCUUGCUCCUCUGCCUGUGACUCUAUGGGGUGAGUUGAUGUAAGGGUCUCACUUAAGCCAAAAAGCCAGGACCUUUGCACAGCUCAAGUCAACUCAGUGGGUUCCCACCCCAGGCAGCAGAACGAGCUGGGCCUGGUCCUUACCAACAUAGACGGUGCAAACACUCUUAACAGUGUUGUUUUUUGUAUCAAUAUGUUUGUGCAGUGAUGAAUGUAUUUAUUUCUCAGAUUUGGGGCGAGUGAGCUGUGUGUGGCAGGCCUGGCUCUGCCACUACCCACUGCCGCCUGACUGAGCCAUGGCAAGGGCUCAUCCAGGAUUGCAAAAAAGGAAAAAAAGAUGAACCUUUAAGCAAAUAAGAAUCUCAGAGACUUGCAGCAUAGCCAUAUACCACAACCUGUGAAAUGAACAAUCUGGACCCAGACUGACUCUCCAGAACUCACUGAGUUGGGGGGGAUGUUUCCCGUCCAUCACCACUGGGGAAAGCUGGGCCACUGGCCCACUGCCCCACACCAUCAGUAUUCACUGGACCUCAGGCCGCUGUGCAGGAGUGCGAUCUAACUGGGCUGGUGGGCAGGCAGAUUCUUGUUCUCCUGUGGCUAUUAUGAGGAAGGGGAAGCCUGGGCAGCCAAGAAGGCGGGGCCCAGUGAGCUGGCGCAGCAUCCGUUGGGUCCUCAGACUUGGGGAACAAAAAAGGCGCCAAUCUGAGAAGAGCAGACAGGAGUCCUCAGCUUUGCCAUGCCCCCUGUAAGGGACCAAGGUCCUGCUCUUCCCCCAAGUCAUGUUGGGGCUGAUGUUAUGUACUGAACCUGUGAAUCGGAUGCCAUGAAUGAGGGAAUGGAGAGGGACCUGACCAGAACCUCGGUCUGACAUUCCAAACCAGGGAUGGGUGGGAGUUGAGUGAAUUGAGGCUGCCCAGGACCCCCUUCCUAGGAUGCCCCCAGCUUCAGUCACCCUCUUUAAUUUUCUACCAGGAACCCCUCCCCCUACCUCACCUUGCUAUUUAUUGCUGUAAUUUAUUGACCUCAAACAUGCUGCAUAACAGACCUCACUUGGGACAGGGAGGUUCCCCGGGGCUCCCCCCCUCCACUUGGCAGGGCCCCGUGGGGCCAGGUGCUGAGGGGAGCCUCUCUGUACCUUACUCAUCACUUGUUUCCCCCUGCCCCUCUGGGGGCCCCUGGUUGGGCACUGGCCCACUUGCAAAUACCUCGAGGGGGAGGGGAAGGGAUGGGGUUAUAACUUUCGUUUCAUUGGAACUGGAAGAGGGAUCAUGUCUUACUAUGCCUUUCCCAGAGUGGGAGGGACACUGGGAUCGCACUCCUGUACUGGCCACUGCCAUUUGUCACUCAUCAUACUGAGUUCACCUCCCUUGAGAAUUUGGAUAAAUUCAGGUCAGAGCUGCAGGUAUGCAGCCCUCCAGUGUCAUAGAAAAGUGACUCAUUGAUGACUGAUCUCUCCAUUCAGAAGCGUGCAGUCUUAAUGUACAGUGAUGAGAAACUGUUAUUUUAUGAUCUUUUCAUUAAAAGCUUGAUCAAAAACUA